CAAAAUGCUCAUUGUAACCGAGCAGGCACAUCUGCAGUGAUUUCUCCUUCACUUUAACUCCGCUCAUCAGUUGGACUGCUGCUCUUUGUUCGUUUUUAUGGACUAUCCUCUUCAGUUGUUCAGUUGUGUAACAGGGACUAUCUUCACACACCAGCGUGCUCCCCCUCCCCUCCCUAGAGUGAUGGAGGGGUGUGGGUUUGGGCGACAGAAGCCGGUGUGUUCAUCCUGAAGAGAGGAAAACAUGCAGAAGUGACCGGGUGGAGCAGGGUGGCAGGCAGAGGCGUUUGGAUCAGACGAGAGCUGGCGAGGCUGGGAGAAGGAUGGUUAUGCCGGGUCAUCGUGCUUUGGUCGUGCUGCUGCUCUGUUGGCUGUGUGUCUUCCGGGCACAGUCCUGCUUUUCCUCGACAUGAGCCUGGCAGGAAGAGUUUCCUGCUCCAUGAUCAACUGCUUUGGUGAAGAGGGGCCUCCCAGUCUGGAGUACAUCAAGGCAAAGGACUUGUUCCCCCAGAAGGAACUGGUGAAGGAAGAUGAAAGUCUGCAGGUGCCAUUCCCAGUUCUUCAGGGGGAGGGGGUGGAAUAUCUUGGCCGUGCAGAUGAAGCCAUCAUUGCCAUUUCCAAUUACAGGCUCCACAUCAAGUUCAAGGACUCUGUCGUCAACGUGCCGCUCAGACUGAUAGAAAGUGUGGAAAACAGGGAUAUGUUCCAGCUGCACAUAAUCUGCAAAGACUCGAAAGUUGUCAGAUGCCACUUUGCAACAUUCAAGCAGUGCCAGGAGUGGGUGAAGCGUCUGAACCGGGCUAUAGCCCACCCGUCUCGGUUAGAGGACUUAUUUGCCCUGGCCUAUCAUGCGUGGUGUCUUGGAGGCAAUGUAGAUGACGAAGACCAGCAUGUUCAUCUGUGUCGCCCAGGCGAUCACGUGCGCUACAGAAUGGAAAUGGAGGUCAGGAGAAUGGGCUUCGACACACAAAAUGUCUGGAGGGUGUCUGACAUCAACUGCAACUACAAGUUGUGUUCCAGCUACCCGCAGAAGCUUCUGGUUCCAAUAUGGAUCACAGAUAAGGAGCUGGAGAGUGUGGCUUCCUUCAGGUCCUGGAAGAGGAUACCUGUGGUGGUCUACAGGCACCAAAAGAAUGGAGCCGUGAUUGCUCGUUGCAGCCAGCCUGAGAUCAGCUGGUGGGGCUGGAGAAACACAGAUGAUGAGUACCUGGUCACGUCCAUAGCUAAGGCAUGUCACAUGGACACCGGAGCCAAAGGAACAACAGUCAACCGACAGCGAGGGGACGCCCCAGACCCUUCUGACAGUGAUUUUGACUCGUCUCUGGCAGGUGUUUCUGGUAGUGACGACAGCUCGGUACCACAAAAGCUGCUGAUCCUUGACGCUCGCUCCUACACUGCUGCAGUGGCUAACAGAGCCAAGGGUGGAGGCUGUGAAUGCGAGGAGUACUACCCGAACUGUGAGGUGAUGUUCAUGGGGAUGGCCAACAUCCAUGCCAUCCGCAACAGCUUCCAGGGUCUGAGGGCUGUCUGCAGUCAGAUCCCGGAUCCCGGAAACUGGCUUUCUGCUCUUGAAAGCACCCGCUGGCUGCAGCACCUGUCCGUCAUGUUGAAGGCAGCCACUCUGGUGAGUUCGGCUGUGGAGUGGGAGGGCCGGCCUGUCCUGAUACAUUGCUCUGAUGGGUGGGACCGCACGCCCCAGAUAGCAGCCCUCGCCAAGAUUCUGUUGGACCCCUACUAUAGGACCUUAGAGGGCUUCCAGGUGCUUGUGGAAACAGAGUGGUUGGAUUAUGGCCAUAAGUUUGGAGACCGAUGUGGCCACCAGGAGAACACGGACGACGUCAGCGAGCAGUGUCCCGUCUUCCUGCAGUGGCUCGAUUGUGUUCACCAGCUGCUCAAACAGUUUCCCUGCCUGUUUGAGUUCAAUGAAGCCUUCCUGGUCAAGUUGGUGCAGCACACGUACUCAUGUCUCUACGGCACGUUCCUGUGCAACAAUGCUCGUGAGAGGGAGGCUAAGAACAUCUAUAAACGCACAUGCUCGGUGUGGUCCUUCCUCCGUGCGGGAAACAAGAACUUCCAGAACUUUCUCUACGUACCCGGUCAUGAAGUGGUGCUGCAGCCUGUCUGCCAUACGCGAGCACUCCAGCUGUGGACAGCUGUUUACCUACCCACUUCUUCUCCCUGCACUGCAGUGGAUGAAUCUGUUGAUCUCUACUGGCCUCCCUGUGUGGUGGGAGACGAGCUUACCUCCCGCUCUCUGGACAGACUUCCCAAGACUCGCUCCAUGGACAACCUGCUGUCAGCACUGGAGAACGGGCCACCUCUGACACGAACCUCCAGUGACCCGAAUCUCAAUAAGCACUGCCCGGAGGGUCGCUCUCCUCUGGAGCCCUCGGCUGUUGUGGGCCACACGUCUGCAGAUGGUUUUGAGGAGAACAGGACUAACUUGCGGGAGGAGGACCAAUCAAAUGAUCAUAGUCCUACGAUAAACUCUGAAGACUCGCCAGAGAGCUCUGAAGACCACCUGAAGGAGCCUUGUCUCACCACGCAGCCUCUGCCAUCUCCCCCACUUCCUGUUGGUAUGGCUGCUACUCUUACAUCCUCACACACUGCCUGUCCCACUCCAGCCCUCCAUCAGACUGCAACCCCACCACCCUUACCUCCCCCUGAAGCAGAGAGCCCCACGCCCCCUCCCCAUGAAUCCGAUCCCUGCUUGCCUCUCCCCUGCAAGAACACUCACCCUGCAGCCAACGUGUUGUCCCCUCUGCUGAAUGGUGACACUGAUGGACCAACAAACAGCUUCCCAGAACCUGCCAGCCUGCUGGCUCUGAAGCAGCAGAUGGUUCCACUGGAGGACUCCACUGAGACUCUCACAGAUGAGGGAGAGCUUCCUCCCACCUUACCUUCUGCUGCAAUCCAGCAGCUUCCCCAGAAUCGUUUUACUGACGAGGAGCAUGUUCAUCCCCAGAAAGAAGAAGAUAUGAGAACGGAUGUGGUUAAAGGAAGCGCAGUCGCAGUGCUGGCAGCUUCUUCAGACUGUCCCCAGGUAUCCACUCAUCACAUAGGCUCCCAGAGCCAGGUCUCUGAACUGGCCCUGCUUGGCUCUCACUGGGACAGUGUCCAGGGUCUGGUCCAGUCAGCCUGCAGCCACACUAGUGUCAUCCGAGCCCUGCAACCCAACAUAUACCAAGGUCGCCGGCUUGCCAGUAGACUCUUGCGUAUGCAGGGUUUCGCCACUGCCUCUGGAGCCCAGUGCUGCCGCCGGGAGGCCCUGUGCUGUCCCAGCAGCACUCAGCAGGCUGGGAUGGUGCUAGCAGCCAGAACUGCAGGCUACAAUGGCCUGUGUGCCCCAGCUGUCGCUGCUCUCAGCAGCUUUUCACUGGCAGGCCAUCAGUUCCUGCCCAUAACUUAUUCCUCACCCCCCACCUCCAGCUCCCCACCCCCAACCCAGACCCCAGCUUACCUCGACGACGACGGGCUGCCAGUGCCGAUGGACGCGGUGCAGCAAAGACUGCGUCAGAUCGAAGCUGGUUACAAGCAGGAGGUGGAGAUGCUGCGGCAGCAGGUGCGACAGCUGCAGAUGAGACUGGAGAGUAAACAGUACGAGACCCCUCCCUCUGAACCAGAUAUCGACUACGAAGAUGACAUUACGUGUCUGCGGGAGUCGGACAACAGCAAUGAGGAGGACUCUCUGUCCACUCAUAGUGAGGACCGCCUGUCUGAAGGCAGCUGGGACCGAGUGGAGCGCAGAGACACGGAGGUCACGAGGUGGGUGCCUGACCACAUGGCCUCCCAUUGCUUCAACUGUGACUGUGAGUUCUGGAUAGCCAAGAGACGUCACCACUGCAGGAAUUGUGGUAAUGUGUUCUGUAAAGACUGUUGUCACCUGAAGCUGCCCAUCCCGGACCAGCAGCUGUACGACCCGGUGUUGGUGUGCAACACGUGUUACGACCUGCUUCUAGAGUCCCGCACACGUGAGAUCCGCAGCCAGCAGCUCAAGAAGGCUAUCGCCACAGCGUCCAGCUGAGAGAAGAGCAGUGAAGCGUGGUCAGCCCCCGCUCUGUCCUGCUUGUUUCAGACCGAUGAGCUGAGUGCGGUUUGUUGCGACCUCAACCUGCUGUCGUUCGGCGGAGGAGGGGGCGACGAGGAUGGAGUGUUUCUCUUUGCGAGGCUCCAUUUUUAAACAGACGCCAUGAGACUGGAAGGGGACGAGUUGGGAGCAUGUUAGCACGUGUAGAGUAGGUGAUUUCAGAGGAAGGAAGGCAGUUCAUGCAGAACAGCCCCUUUCUGUUUGGACCUUUCUCAGCCUGGAGUGCUGCAGCGUCCUGCUGCCCCACAUGGCUCAGUCCUCCUAACAGUGUCCCUCUCUGAGACACAUCUCCAACCUGUCCACCCACCUAUGUUCCUCAACAGUUGCACUGUCCUGCUCUUCAGAGGACAAUCGCUCUCCCCUCCACGCACCGGGGACUUUGAAACCUUCACCAUCACUACUGGAGGCUUUCAUCUUUAAAAGAGAGAAAAAAAGAGCAGUUGCUGCUACAGUAUUUAAAAGUCUAAUUUUGUAUUCUUAUUUUGUGCACUACUAGCUGUUGUGAAUUUGAUGGAGACCAAACUUGAGUAUAAAAGGGAGAAAUCUGCUGUUUACUUUGCUUUUUUUUAUCUUAUUUCUUGGAGCUGGAAUGUAACAUGCUGGGAUGACUGGAUCGAGUUCAUGUUCACCUGGAUUUAUGUAAAUGUUUAUUGCUACGACGUGUUCUCAAAGUUCUGUGUACGCACCGUCCGUGUGGUUCUGUCUAUCGAUGCUUUCCUCCAGUGCAGCCAGGUGGCUACAUCACCGUUGUGAGGACUGUGUGCAGACAGAAUAGAUGCAGGGAUCUGUAAAGGACAAAAUGAAAAGUGCUGUUGGUUUUCUGUCACGUGACUGAGAGAGUCUCUUGUAGGUCUGUGCUCAGCCUUUAGUGUCUGCACGAAGCUCAACCUCCAUUCUACUCCGAGCUGGAGAUGCAGACCGCUCGAGAGAAGACGAGCAGAAAACCUAGAUUUAUUUUUCAUUCUGUUGAGGUUGUUUUAACAACUCCCUUGAAGAAAUGUUUCGUCUACUGGAUGUUCCAAUUGUGCCAUAUUUAGUUUUGUCUAAUUUUUAAGCCUUUUUCUUUCCUCUGAACAGCAGCAGGUUUCUGAUUGGCCUCAUCUGUGUUUGACUUAAUGGUGCAUACAUUUAGCUGCUUUAUAACACUUGAGACAAUUCUGGAUUAACAAAUCGCUGAGUUAGAUAAACAGAACAAUGGGAUAUUAAUGAAUAAGUAAACCUUUGUGGUUAUCUAUUGUGUAAUAUUUGGGAGUUUUUGCACGGUAUUGAUGAAGUCAAAUCUUCAAAAGGAGCUGAAAAAAUGUAACAUACAGCUAUCUGAUCAGUAGUGGUGGCUCUUGAUAACUGUUGUAAAGAAAAUGCACUGUAAAAGUUCAAUCCCAUUGGUUAAAUAAAAGAAUAUAUCAAAGAUCAA